CAAUCAACGACGAACUACAGGCAACUCGCACUCACGCACACUUGCACUAUACAUAACAAGGGCGCGCGGCAUCAGCACGAGCAAACAUUCGCAACCACGCCUGCAAGACGACUGUUAGCCGGGGCAGCAGCCCUCAUUCGUGCGACCAAACGACGACUCGAACAACAGCUCCGCACCGCCGCCAUCGCAACCUCGAGCCCCUCCAAGGUCGAGCCGGGCACCGACGCUUCUGUUGCUUCCACAGCGUCACCAGACACACACAUACCCGUCAUUCCCAACCUUGCACGUUCAUCACAUCCCUCAACUACAACAAUGUCCAACCAACCUGCAUCCUCAUCCUCCCAGGCCGGACCAUCCAGCGUCCCGUCGCCCUCGACCAACUUUGCCGAGUUUGUCGACCACAUGACGGCGGCGCUGGAUGCCAGCACCUCGGCAGCGGCGAACUUUCCCGAUAAGAAGGAGCUGAGCUUCCACCGUACCCUUGACCGCAAGCUCGGACGGGAUCUCGACAAGACGAGCGGCCGCGUGCUGUCCCUUGUCGACCGCUUGCACCAGCUCGCCGCUGAGAGCAGUCAGGAGAAGGCAAAGGCGCAGGGCAAGAGCAAGAUUAAGCCUAGGCGCAAGCUGGCCGACGAAGACGACGUUGUAGACAGCUAUGGCAGCGUUAUCGAGGUCGUCGACGGGUUGUUGGAAGAUGCCGACUCCAACCUUGACGAGGUCAACGGCCAGAAGAAGAAGGCCGUUAUUGAGCUCAACCCUGCUGCCGUUGCUGCCGCUGGUAACAAGCUCGCUGGGCCCUUCAAGCCCAAGCUGGCGUCCGAUCUCGCCCACGACGGAAGCAUCGUCAAGCCCCAGCGGUCGUUCCGCGACCCCGUUGACAACUUUGCGACCUCAUGGCGCCCUACCCUCCCCUCCAAGCCUCACUCAAUGGUGCCCCUUGACUACGUCGUGGGCUCCGAUGAGGACCUGCCCUACGACGACGACCCGAGCGACAAUCGCCCAUCGGCCGUCAACCGUCGCGAGCGGGCCAAGCAGGCAAGAAGGCACCCGUACUACUACGAGACUCGCCACCUCCCUUACCCUACGGCCAUGUUCACGUCGACUCCCCCCAUUCGCCCCCGGUCGUUUGAAGAGACGCCAUUCGAAUACGUUGACACCCCUGAGCAGCUGGCCGCGCUCACCGAGAAGCUCAAGACAGCCAAGGAGAUUGCAGUCGAUCUCGAGUACCACAGCAUGCGCAGUUACUACGGCUUCAUCUGUCUAAUGCAGAUUAGCACGCGUGAGGGUGACUGGGUGAUUGAUACCCUUGCCCUUCGCGCCGAGCUCCGCGACCACAAGCUCGGUGGCGUGUUUGUCGACCCGUCGAUUGUCAAGGUCUUCCACGGUGCCGACUCGGACAUUGUCUGGCUGCAGCAGGACUUUGACAUCUACGUGGUCAACCUCUUUGACACAUACCACGCCUCCAAGGUUCUCGACUUCCCUCAGUUCUCUCUUGCGAGCCUGCUCCAGCUGUACGCGCACUUUGAGGCCGACAAGAAGUACCAGAUGGCCGACUGGCGCAUCCGUCCCAUCCCUGAGGAGAUGAUGUUCUACGCCCGUUCCGACACUCACUUCCUGCUGUUCAUCUACGACAGCCUCCGCAACGCACUCAUUGCCAGAGCAUCCCGCACCCCAUCCCCCAGCGCUGAAGCCGAGGACGAGGACGGCGCCUCGACACCCAAGCCGAACCCCCAGCGAGCCAUGCGCGAGGUGCUUCAGCGAUCUGCCGAGACCGCCCUCAAGCUCCACAGCUUGGACGAAUACGAUGGAGUCAAGGGAACUGGCAAGAACGGAUGGUCUUCGUUGGCGAAGAAGCUCGGCAGGAAGGAGGUUCUCGACACUGAGAUCGGAUGGGUGUUCAAGGCAAUCCACCAGUGGCGUGACACUCUUUCUCGGCAGAUUGACGAAAGCCCACACUUCGUUCUCCCCAACCACAUUAUUCUCCAGUUGGCCAACCUUCGUUCUUCGAAGGAGUCGGUCAUUGCCCGCAUCCUUACUGCAAAGAACACGCCUCUUGUGGCGGACCGGGCCGCCGAGGUCGCAGCGGUCGUUGAGAAGGCCAUUGCCGCCUACCGCGAUCACAGCCAGCGGCCCACGGCCUCAAUUUCGGCGUCCCCAUCGUCACGUUCUAAGCCCACCCCUACACCACCGUCAAAGGCGCUGGCAAAGUCGGCUGGUCCACAGGACAAGAAAGCCAAGACGUCGGCGCCGGUCCCGACUGUCACUGCUCUUCCUAUCACGGCCGAUCUUUGGGCUCCUACCAUCAUGGGCACCGCACCAUCUCCGGCUCGCACAUCAUCACUGUUUGGCAACAGCCUUUCUUCAAAGCCACAGCCCCAGGUGAAGCCAGCUUCGUCUUCGCUUUUCGGCACGGCUUUGUCCAAGGGCCGCGGCGGCAAGGUGGUGGGUGCGGGACGUCAGGCGUCACCUGGGUUUGAGGCGGUCAGGCGUGGUAUCCACACGUCACUGGCGCCGCCUCCACAGCAAAUGGCGGAACAGCCAAUUGCCGCCCCGAUUGCUACAGGCAAGGAGCCGGAGACGGUGGCGUUCGUCCCCGCGGCUGAACGGAAAAUCACUACCGCAGCGGUUACGACAAGCUCGACCUCAGACAACAAGGCGAGCAAGUCUGCCCCGGUGGCAACGCCAGCGCCCGCCGCUUCAGCCAAGGCGUCGAAUCUUGUGGACGACGAUGGCAUCAUCAAGCAGGUCAAGAAGAGAGGAAAGAAGUCGAAGAAGGGCAAGGGUUCCGUGGCGUCAGACAGUGCUGGCGCGACACCAGAGCCUGGAGCCCCUGAUGCGUCUCAAACCGCCUCAUCAUCGACUUCAGCGACUGCGCCCAAGAAGGUCAAGGUGUCCCACAAGGACAUUCCAGCCUUUGAUUACGCCAACGAGAGCAAUCUCCUCGAUCAGCCAAAGUCGUCCACCGCGGCGCAGACGGGCAGGAAGCCCAAGGCGGACAAGAAGGGCAAGAAGGGAGGAUCUGGUGAGCUCAUUGUCAAGGUCUGUGCGUUUGACUGUGCUAAUGAUCGACCAGGUGGCACUGACAAGGUGGCUUCAUUUGGGCGCCAGCCGGCAGACCCAUCGGCCCCGAAGAGUGGCAACAAGUCUGGCACGUUUGCUUGACGAGGUAGAGUAGCAUAGCAUUGGAAUGGCUGUUGAGCAUUGGAAUACCCAAGAGCAUUGUUUUGUAGUUAGUCGCAUCUGCACCUCUGCAUAUGAUCAUUUUUUGCA